AUGAAUUCAUUUUCAUUUACGUUCACGUGAGAAAACCUUACACCGUUAAUAAUUUUCAAUAAUAAAAACAAAUAAACAAACAAAAAAAGUUGCAUCUAUUAACAAUGUUACAAUACCAAAAAAAUAUCAGGUGAAACUUGGUGAAAGAAAGAAAGGAAACAGAAAUAUAAAUUAUGACAGCUCCUCGCCUAGUAUAAACAAGUCGAUUUUAACUUUCUUCUACUUUGUUUUAUGCUUAACUAAUUAUUUCUUAGUGCAAAGUUUUAUGAAUCCUGGAACAGAAGUUGACACAGAAAGUUUGAAAUUAUCAAGAACAUUGUUUCUACUGUGUGGUGAAUAGAUAUUGGUAUACCAUGGCCGACUCUGGGGUAGACACCAGUAAUGAGAGCAGCGAUAAUCCAAUAUUUGACCACUCCCAGUGCAUUUUAGAAUUCAGCCCACCAGCUAUACCCAUCAAUCAAGCUGGCCAGCCGAUGCCAAUAGACUUUUUAACAGAACCACACGAACACGUCGGAAAAAUCAAGUGUUCUACUAAAGCCAGACAAUACAGAUUGAAAUACAGGUACGGUGGUGCAAAAUGUUCGUCCAAAAACCACAAACUACGCUUCGCCGCCUCCACUAACAACACAGAACUUGUGGAGAAACUUCUGUUAUCAGGAGCUGACCCAAAUUCUUCAGAUGAACACAAAAGAAGUCCAUUGCAUUUAGCUGCUUGUCGUGGUUACGUUGACGUCAUUAAAAUCUUGUUGAGACAUGGUGCUAACCCCAACAUUAAAGAUACAUUGGGCAAUACACCCCUUCACCUUGCAGCCUGCACCAAUCACAUUCCUGUUGUGAUCGAACUACUUGAUGCUGGCACAGAUGUGAGUUCUCACGACAAGAACGGACACAAUCCUAUACAAUUAGCCCAGAGCAAACUGAAAUUAAUACAAAUGCGUCCCAGUGGGGCUGGGCACUUUGAGGAGACGAAACACCUGAUUGGAGAAAUAUGUUUAGUUGUUGAAAUGAUGCUAAAGUAUAUGAAGAUGCAGAAAGCUGACGCUAGUGAUUUGGAGUCUGUCUGCCAAAGACUAGAGCGUGUCAGUACUCGUGAACAAGUUGAUUCUGAAGUACAAAACCUUUUGGACAGUUUAGAUUCUCUCAAAUUGAGAUAAUUGUUUAAAAUUAUACAAAUGUUCAUGAAGACUGUUUUUGAAUGUAACUUUGAAUGUCUAAGAUUAAGAGAGCUCAGUAAAAUGUUUAGAUAUUCUAAACCAUUUUAUUGACAAGAUAAAUAAUAAUGUUAAAAUUUAAAACUUAUUUUUUGGCAAUUUGUUAUAUUUCAUUAUAGUCUAUGUAUGUAAAAUUGCCAUAUAAGUUAAUUGUAAUCACAAAGCUAUGAUUUUGUAUUGUGUGUUGGUUUUCGUUAUAAUUAUUUCCUUUCAAAAUGACUAACAAACAAGUCAUAUUAGUUGUAAGUAUACUUUAGUGAUUGAUCAGAUGAAGAUUAUAAUAAAGAGUUAUUACUAUUUC